AUGGCAGUUUCUGAGCAGAGCCAAGACGUGUUUCCGUGGCUGAAAUCGUUGCCGGUAGCCCCAGAGUUCCGGCCUACUCUUGCAGAGUUUCAAGAUCCGAUCGCUUACAUUUUUAAGAUCGAAGAGGAAGCUUCUAGAUACGGAAUCUGCAAAAUUCUGCCUCCAGUGCCUCCUUCUUCGAAGAAAACCGCCAUUUCUAACCUUAACCGUUCUCUGGCGGCUCGAGCGGCGGCGAGGGUUCGCGACGGCGGCGGAAAUGCGUUCGAUUACGACGGUGGUCCUACAUUCGCCACUCGCCAGCAGCAGAUCGGGUUCUGCCCUAGGAAGCAGCGACCCGUACAGAGACCUGUGUGGCAGAGCGGUGAGCAUUACAGUUUCGGUGAGUUUGAGUAUAAAGCUAAGACCUUUGAGAAGAAUUAUCUUAAGAAAUGUGGUAAAAAGAGUCAACUCUCUGCUUUAGAAAUGGAAACCCUUUACUGGAGAGCUACAGUGGAUAAACCCUUCUCUGUUGAGUAUGCCAAUGACAUGCCUGGCUCGGCUUUUAUCCCUCUGAGUUUGGCUGCUGCAAGGAGGAGAGAGUCUGGUGGUGAGGGAGGAACUGUUGGUGAGUCAGCUUGGAACAUGAGGGCAAUGGCUAGAGCCGAAGGGUCAUUGCUUAAGUUCAUGAAAGAAGAGAUCCCUGGGGUUACAUCUCCAAUGGUGUAUGUUGCUAUGAUGUUUAGCUGGUUUGCGUGGCAUGCUGAAGACCAUGACCUUCAUAGUCUCAAUUACUUGCAUAUGGGUGCUAGUAAGACCUGGUACGGUGUGCCAAAGGAUGCUGCUGUGGCUUUUGAGGAGGUGGUUAGGGUUCAUGGUUAUGGAGGAGAGCUCAAUCCUCUUGUGACAUUUUCUACUCUUGGUGAGAAGACAACUGUGAUGUCUCCUGAAGUAUUUGUUAAAGCCGGAGUACCGUGUUGCAGGUUAGUGCAAAAUCCUGGAGAGUUUGUCGUCACUUUUCCAAGAGCAUAUCAUUCGGGUUUCAGUCAUGGAUUCAAUUUUGCUGAAGCAUCUAACAUUGCAACUCCCGAAUGGUUGAGAAUGGCCAAAGAUGCUGCCAUCCGGCGAGCUGCAAUAAAUUACCCUCCAAUGGUUUCUCAUCUCCAGUUACUUUAUGACUUUGCAUUGGCUCUAGGUUCAAGAGUGCCAACAAGCAUCCACACCAAACCACGGAGUUCUAGAUUGAAAGAUAAGAAAAGAAGUGAAGGAGAAAAAUUGACUAAAGAGCUAUUUGUGCAAAACAUCAUCCACAACAAUGAAUUGCACCAUUCUCUCGGAAAAGGAUCUCCAGUAGCCCUUCUCCCGCAGAGUUCCUCAGAUAUAUCAGUUUGUGCUGACCAGCGAGUUGGAUCCCAUUUGAGAACUAACCAGGAAAAGCCCAUCCAAUUGAAAUCUGAGGACUUAAGUUCUGAUAGUAUUAUGGGCAGUCUCAAUAACGGUGUCAAGGAUACUGUUUCAGUGAAAGAAAAGUUUACAUCUUUAUGUGAAAGGAGCAGAAAUCACCGGGCAAGCACAGAGAAGGAAACUCAAGAAACGCUGACAGAUGCUGAAAGGAGGAAAAAUGUCGGACUUUCGGAUCAGAGGCUUUUCUCUUGUGUUACAUGUGGAAUCUUAAGCUUUGACUGUGUAGCUAUUGUUCAACCUAAAGAAGCAGCAGCUAGGUAUCUCAUGUCUGCAGAUUGUAGCUUCUUCAAUGAUUGGACAGUUGCUUCCGGGUCUGCAAAUCUUGGUCAGGCUGCAAGAUCACUUCAUCCGCAAAGCAUGGAAAAGCAUGAUGCAGAUUACUUCUAUGAUGUUCCUGUUCAAAUUAUGGAUCAAAGAACUUCAACAACUUCCCUGACAAAAGCGCAUAAAGAUGAUGGUGCUCUUGGGCUUUUAGUUUCAGCAUAUGGAGACUCUUCUGAUUCCGAGGAAGAAGAUCACAAAGGCGUAGAUGUUCCUAUUUCAGAAGGGGAAACAAGCAAGUAUGAUCGAGAAGGUACUUUUGCGUUUAAAGCAUUAUCUUUUGAUACAGAUGGCAAGGAGGAGACUAGAGAUGGUCGAUCUUCUGAUUUUAACAGCCAAAGACUUUCAUGUGGGAAAGGGAAAGAGGUUGAGGUGUUGCAUGCUACUCCGAGUUGUUCAACGCUUUCUUGUACCAGCAAACAGAAUAGGUUAAGCAAAGGCGGCAAUACAUCACUUCUGGAAAUAGCUUUACCGUUUGUUCCAAGAUCUGAUGAUGAUUCCUCUCGGUUGCACGUGUUUUGUCUGGAGCAUGCUGCGGAAGUGGAAGAACAACUUCGUCCUAUUGGGGGGAUUCACAUAAUGUUACUAUGCCAUCCAGAGUAUCCCAGGAUAGAGGCUGAAGCAAAAACAGUUGCCGAAGAACUUGGAGUCAAUCACGAAUGGAAUGAUACUGAAUUCAGGAAUGUGACCCAAGAAGAUAAGGAAACGAUUCAAGCGGCGUUGGAUAAUGUUGAAACCAAGGCUGGGAACAGUGACUGGGCUGUAAAAUUGGGUAUUAACCUUUCUUACAGCGCUAUUCUCAGUCGCUCUCCUCUGUACAGCAAACAGAUGCCUUACAACUCUGUCAUAUACAAUGCGUUCGGUCGCAGCUCUCCAGCAACUAGCUCACCCUCGAAACCUGAAAUUUCUGGUAAAAGAUUUUCCAGACAGAGGAAAUAUGUUGUUGGAAAAUGGUGUGGUAAGGUUUGGAUGUCACAUCAGGUGCAUCCCUUUUUGCUGCCGCAGGACUUAGAGGGGGACGAAUCUGAAAGAAGUCAUCAUCUCCGAGCUGGUCUGGAUGAUGAUGUCACUGGGAAGAGAUUGUUUCCUCGUAAUGUUUCUAGAGAUGCAACCACAAUGUUUGGAAGAAAGUAUUCUAGGAAGAGAAAGAUGAGAGCAAAGGCUGUGCCACACAAAAAGCUUACCUCUUUUAAGAGGGAAGACGGAGAUUCUGAUGACACGUCGGAGGAUCAUUCUUAUAAGCAGCAAUGGAGGGCUUCCGAAAAUGAGGAAGAGUCUUAUUUUGAGACAGGAAAUACGGUUUCUGGUGAUUCGUCAAAUCAACUAUCUGAUCAUCAGCAGCUCAAGGGGAUUCGUCGACACAUGGGUGUUAAAGAAUUUGAGUCAGAUGAUGAGGUUUCAGACCGUUCACUUGGAGAAGAAUAUGCCGUAAGGGAAUGUGCAGUUUCAGAGAGCUCAAUGGAGAAUAGCUUUCAGCUAUAUAGAGAGAACCAGUCAAUGUAUGAUUAUGGUGAUGAUGAUAUCUACAGGCACCCUAGAGGGAUUUCAAGGAGUAAACGGACAAAAAAAAUUAGGAAUCUAGUUUCAUAUGAUUCAGAAGAAAAUGGUGCUUAUCAGCAACGGCGAAGAGUAUCCACGAGUAAUAUGCAAGCUAGGCGAAUGGGUGGUGAGUAUGAUUCAGCAGAGAAUUCUCUGGAGGAACAAGACUUUUGCCUCACAGGGAAAAGGCAAACUAGGUCACAGCCAAACGGAAAUCUAAAAUCGAGGCACUUCAGAGUCCAAGAGGGACAAAAAGUUGCGGCUUGCAAGAAUUUGCAACUGGAAAUAAGAAUAAAGAAUUGGAUUUAUACAUGGAGGGGCCUAGCACUCGGUUUAGGGUGA